GUCUUCCAGGCGAUCCUUCAUCCCGGCUUUCCCCUUUUAGCAAUUGCAAGAAUCAGGCAAUUAUUUUUAAAAGUAAUUCGAGGAACCCUAAAUUAUCCAAUUUUAAAGACUUAUCGAAAAGUUGUAGCUUGUGGACAAGCUGAUUUCCAAUUCGGAGACUCUGGAUUGAAUUCGCGGCGUGGGAACUCCUGAGACGCUGCCGCUGUUCUUAGUCAACAAGUUUUGUGGGGAUUAUUAUGAGCUGCAAUUACGGUAGACUUUAUAAUUAGGUGUUGAUAGACGAUGUUGUAAAGUAUAGAAACCAUGGGAGAUGGUAAUAAUACCUCAGGCAGAGGCAUUGCGGCCAACAAUACUUCAUCUACCAACAGUGAGAAGCCAGAGUGGCUGCAACAGUACAAUCUUCUCGGCAAAAUUGGUGAAGGUACUUACGGACUUGUGUUUCUCGCAAGAAUUAAGUCUCUGACCAAUCGUGGAAAAUGCGUUGCCAUAAAGAAGUUCAAGCAGUCCAAGGAUGGGGAUGGUGUUUCCCCCACUGCCAUACGAGAAAUCAUGUUGCUUAGGGAGAUUUCACACGAGAAUGUUGUGAAGCUUGUGAAUGUGCACAUCAAUCAUGCGGAUAUGUCGUUGUAUCUGGCUUUUGAUUAUGCUGAAUAUGACCUCUAUGAAAUCAUCAGACACCACAGGGACAAGGUUAACCAUGCUAUGAACCAAUACACUGUUAAGUCACUGCUCUGGCAGCUGCUUAAUGGCCUGAACUAUCUCCACAGCAACUGGAUCAUACAUCGAGAUCUAAAGCCAUCAAAUAUAUUGGUUAUGGGUGAUGGAGAUGAGUACGGGGUUGUCAAAAUUGCUGAUUUUGGACUUGCAAGGAUUUAUCAAGCUCCCUUGAAGCCAUUAUCUGAAAAUGGUGUGGUUGUAACUAUUUGGUAUCGUGCACCUGAAUUGCUUCUUGGUGCAAAACAUUAUACCAGUGCGGUUGAUAUGUGGGCUGUUGGAUGUAUUUUUGCUGAGCUUUUGACUUUGAAGCCACUUUUUCAAGGCGCAGAAGCCAAAUCUACACCAAAUCCUUUUCAACGUGAUCAGCUGGACAAGAUAUUUAAAAUUUUGGGUCAUCCUACCUUGGAGAAGUGGCCCACACUUGCGAAUCUUCCACAUUGGCAAUCAGAUGUGCAGCACAUUAAAGCACACAAGUACGAAAAUACUGGACUUCAUAGUGUUGUUCAUCUUUCUCCCAAUAGCCCUGCAUUUGACCUCUUAUCUAAGAUGCUUGAAUAUGAUCCUCGAAAGCGUAUAACAGCCGCACAAGCUUUAGAGCAUGAGUACUUCAGAAUUGAACCUUUACCAGGUCACAAUGCACUGGUACCCAACCAGCCUGGAGAGAAAAUAAUCAAUUAUCCUACUCGGCCAGUGGAUCAGAACACUGAUUUUGAAGGGACAACUAGCAUUCAGCAACCACCGCAACCUGUACCAUCAGGAAAUGUAGCUGGCGGCAUGGGUGGUCAUGUAGGGAGAAAUGGAUCUGUGAAUCGACCUAUGCCACAUCCUCAGGUGCAAAGAAUGCCGCAGGGCGUGAUGGCUUAUAAUUACCCAUCUCAGGCUGGAGUGGGUGAUAUGAAUCCAGGAGGCAUGCCAAUGCAGCGGAAUCUUGCUGCCCAACCUCAUCAGCCGCAACAGUUGAGAAGGAAAGAUCCAGGAAUGGGCAUGACUGGAUACCCUCCACAGCAAAAAUCGAGGCGCAUGUAAGAAUGUUAACUUGUAUCAUGUUAAUAUCUGAUUGUAAAUGAACAUGGUGUUGUAUUCGUUCAAUUUCAGUAUAUUAUUAAACUUAUUUCAUGGAAUUUAUAACCCAUUGACUUGCAAGUUCUAUAGAUUUAUUAAUGCAAUUUCUUUGCAUGUUCAAUCACUAACCAUGCUUCAAAUUCGAAGUCUAUACUAAUGUAAGCUCCCUCAGGUACG